UAAUACUAUGAAGCGGCUGAGAGAAACAGAGAGAGAGUAUUUGGUAGUUAAUAAUCAUUUCUUGAGCGGAAUAAGCGUGAUAUAUGAUGGAGUAGAAGUUACUUCGAUUUAUAAGUUUGAUUGGGAAGCACCUCGUAGUGACAUUUUUCAGAAGCAGAAUGAGAUUAUAAAUGCGACAAGAGGUAAUUCCAAUGUGAUACAAGCAUGGUAUGGGGCAUCUGCCAGGCUUGUAGGGAGUAUUCUGGAUCAUGGUUUCGUGUUGCCCACUAAGGUUCCCUCUACUGACAUUUAUGGGAUUGGCAUUUAUCUCUCUCCCUUAGGUUUGCCACACUUGAGUGCAGAACUGGCUGAUGCAGAUGAAAAUGGUGUAACGCGUCUCAUUCUGUGCCGAGUUGUAUUGGGAGAGGUCGAAAAAGUGGAAGCUGGAUCACAACAAGAUUUCUCAUCAACGGUGGAGUUUGAUACUGGUUCUGAUGAUCCUAAGAACCCUAGGUGGUAUGUGGUAUGGUCAAACAAUGCUGAAACUCAUAUUCUUCCCGAGUUCGUUGUGAGUUUCAAACCGUCUAGUAACAUGAAAGGUCAAGUAAGGAAAGUUUGUUCCCUUGAAAAAGUGUUUUUGAAGAUUAGGGACUCUCUUCCUCCUGCCCAAUUCCGGGAAGUAUCAACUUCAUAUAGUACAUACAGGGCAGGAACGUUGAGCAAGGAUGAUUUGAUGAGGAAGUUCCGACAGGUUGCUGGUGAUGAGAUUCUGAAUUCUGUUAUCAUGGAAGUUUUUGCUUCUAAAUGAUUUCAAAUUGUGAAUAACUACUGAUUCAUUUGCCUAUCAUAUUGUAAAAGAAAUUAAAUGUACAUAUUAAUCCCAUAGAACACAAUUAGGUAAGGAAAGAAAUGCUUUGACUACAGAC